AUGUUUGUCCUUUCGCACUUUCCGUAGUGGGAGCUUGCAGCAGGCGACCCAUGCGUUGUUUGGUUGUUUACGGUAGUAAUGAUCUUAAGUAACGUUUUCGGUGUUUGUUGUGGCCGGUGACAGCCGUUAGUAAAUCAACUCAAAUCUCUUCAAGAUUAGAGAAGAUGGCAGACCAUGCUCCUUCUGUUGCCAUGGAGGCUGUUCUCAAACCCAGUUGCGACCUCCCAAAUGACAUGCAAAAGAUCAGAGGCUACGACUUUAACCAGGGGGUGGAUCUCCACGCAGUGCUGAAGUCCUACAUCAGCACGGGCUUCCAGGCCAGCAGCUUGGCCUUGGCCAUCCAGGAGAUCAACCUCAUGAUAGAGAAGCGUCUUGAGCCAGUGGAGGAGGGUGAAGGGAAGGAGUCUGAUGAACACCGCAGCAAGUCUGGCUGCACCAUCUUCCUGGGUUACACCUCCAACCUGAUCAGCUCUGGAGUCAGAGAGAGCAUCCGCUACCUGGUAGAGCACAAAAUGGUGGAUGUGAUUGUAACCACAGCUGGUGGCAUAGAGGAGGAUUUCAUCAAGUGUCUGGCUCCCACGUACUUGGGAGAAUUCGGCCUGUCCGGCAAGGAGCUCCGCCUGAGGGGCAUCAACAGGUUAGGGAAUCUGUUGGUUCCCAACGACAACUACUGUAAGUUUGAAGACUGGCUGAUGCCAAUCCUGGACCAGAUGCUGUUGGAGCAGAACACAGAAGGCACCCGUUGGACUCCCUCCAAAAUGAUCCAUCGGCUAGGCAAGGAGAUCAAUAAUACUGACUCUGUCUACUACUGGGCGUACAAGAAUAACAUUCCAGUGUUCAGUCCUGCUCUGACAGAUGGCUCUCUGGGUGACAUGCUCUACUUCCACUCUUUCAGGAACCCUGGCCUGGUUUUGGACAUAGUGGAAGAUAUUCGCAAGUUGAACAGCCAGGCGGUGUUUGCCAAAAGGACGGGAAUGAUCAUCCUGGGAGGAGGGCUGGUCAAACACCACAUAUGCAAUGCUAAUCUUAUGAGGAAUGGAGCUGAGCAUGCAGUGUUUGUGAACACAGGUCAAGAGUUCGAUGGGUCUGAUUCUGGGGCCAGACCUGAUGAAGCUGUAUCCUGGGGCAAGAUAAAAACAGAUGCCACACCUGUUAAGGUGUAUGCAGAUGCCUCUUUAGUCUUCCCUCUGAUUGUGGCCGAGACCUUCGCUCUCCAUGCCGACAAGCUGACUGCUGGCAAGAAAACCGAUUAAAUAGUUUCCCCCUUCAAUGCUCUGUUAGAAACAACCAGCUUUGAUCCCUUGAACCUUCCCUUGUUUGACUAAUUGCAUUGUAGAUAUCAGUUUGAUCUAUUUAUGUUAAAAAUACAUGGUUAAGGAUUGGCAACUAUAAUAAGUAGCAUUACAUACAAUGCUACAAUUGAAAACCUUAUUUACUGGGAGUUAGUGGUGGGGGUUUCCUGUCUUAAUGCUUUCGAUGAACAUUUUUACUUGUUAAAACAAGUACAGUUUUUCCCUUUCUAUUCAGAUAGCUGAGAUAGGUAGCAUGGUUAGCAUGCUAUUACAUGUACCAAAGAGACUGGUUUUGUGUGUGUGUGUGUGUGUGUGUGAGAAACACACUCAUGAGGGAUGUUAUUUAAGAGUUUUGAUUCAUAUUUGAGUUUAUUUGUGGCAUGCCACUUCACUUGUAUAUUACUGUAUUACUUCCCAGUAUCUACCUUCUAAUCACUGUUACAGGUUGGAAGAAGUGCCUGUAUAACUUAAUAAAACAUAAAUCAACAAUUUCUUCCCAUUACAAAAA